GUUCUCUCCCGUCGCAGUAGUAGGUGAGUAUUUUCGUCAAAUCGCGAGUGUUUCUUGAAUGAGGGGCAGCGAUCCUCAGGACUUGGUCUCGGACAAACAAUGCUCAACAUAUCACCUCCCUUCUUUCCCACCGCUGGAAUAGAAGUGUUGCAAACGAGAAACAUGGCGCUCAUCACUGAACUCGGUGUUUCGGACUCGAAUCAGCCUGGACCGUCGGUUGGCGGCUCAUACCGACCGAGCCUAAUGUCGAGCAGCAACGGGACGCUCGCAGAAGGUGGGCCAUCUUACCGCUCGAGCCCCAUUUCCAGCGGCCAGCCUUACAUGGGGGACACGGCAUCGUACAGCAGCAAGCCCAGUCCGCUCCCGCUGACGCCACUGGACAUUCAGCACCGUCAGUUUCCGCAAUUCCACAGCAACGAGAGCUCGCCGGUGUCCUCACCUCGACUGGGAAAGCAGAAUGGGUUUCCUCACUCUAUCACGACAAGUCACACUGAGCACCCGCCUAUGAGCCGCCCAUACCCUUACCAACCGCAGCACCCCUCGCAAUUCAGGUCCGUCUAUCAGCCCGCGUCGCCAAUGGCGUUGCAACAGCACCACCACCUGUACGACGUCAACAGAAGUCACUCGCCGUCUCCUUCGCCGCUGGUGCAGAGUUUCCCGCGUUUACCUUCAUCUCCACGGGCAGGAACCGUUGGUGGGUACUCGCAGCAGCAGCAGCCACAGCAACAGCACAAUAGCAGCCCGAAUUCAGCCUCGUCUAGCGCGAACGGGAAGGUGUCGAUCAAUCAGUUGACGAUGAUGAAUUUGAACGGAUAUUCAGCCAACAGUCCAGCAACACCGACAGGAUCGGUUGGUGAUGAUCUUGGAAGCAACGGCAUGACGCUCUACUCCCAGCAUCAGCCACAGCAGCAUCAACAUCAGCCGCAGCAGGGCUUGCAGUAUGGACAUCAGCAGCAACAUAUGAUGGGAUAUUCGUCGAAUGGACCAAUGCCAUACUCCCCUACACUGCCGGCACCACGAUCUGAAGGGAUGUUGCCUUUUGGAAACAGGAAUCAUCCACCACCUGCGAACCAAAAUGUUGUGCAACUUCCUCCCUUUGCGCACUUUGAUGGCGCUUCUUCCCCCUAUCCUGCCUCCCCACUCCCUCAAGCGCCUCUAUCAUCGUCGUCCUCCCAUCGCUCUCAAGAUCCCCCUACACCGCAAUCACAACACCAGCAGCACUUCCCAUACGGUUCGUCUUUGAAGUCUGAGUACAUGCCUGGACCUGGAAGUGCCGGCCACCUCCACGAACCUCUCCCAUAUGCAUCGGAUGAUUACCCUCAUAGCAGCCCAUCACUGCACAACGGGCCUCCCUCCGCUCCCUACAAGAUGGAACCUCAAUCAGGGCACCCCGAAGGCAACAUCGUGUACGACUAUCCGGGCCACUACGCCAUCGGCGCUCAACCGCAACCCCACUACCGCUUUAGCCCCUACGGCAACCCUUAUGACGAAGGCUCCAGCUACCGCGCCAGCCCCCACAACCCCAACUCCCCCGUCGUCCGUUCCCACCAAGGCCUCCUACAACCCUCCCCACCACCCCGCGACCUCUCCCCCCUCCCCGACGGCAUCCUGCGCUACGAGCCGGCGAUCUUCAAACGCGCCAUGAUUCACCACAUGUGGAGCCUGAAGGAGACCGCGAUCGAGUUCAUCAAAGAGGAAGCGUUGAAGUACGGGUUCAGCGUGCUGGUGCGCACGAGCAAGCCGGACUAUGUGGUUGUGAUUUGCAACUGUGGACGGCGGUUGAAGAGGCUUAAGGGCGAGCGGAAACGCAAUCGGAGGUUCAAGACGGCCAUGACGGGCUGUGAGUGGCGCGUGGUGCUGUUUAGGAGCCCGAAUGGGGAAUGGGAGUUUAGGGCGACGACCAAGAUGGAUCAUAACCACGGGUUGCCAGUCAUCGAUAGCGAUGACUAAGCGAUUCCCAUAAAUUUAUUGCGACAAAGAGAAAGGAGAGCCGGUCUCUCCCCACCUCCCCACCCCUAACACGGCGUUAACAAACAUAAACGGCGUUGACAUUGUUCCUCAACUUCCCCGGAUUUCGGCAUACAUCCCAAAUCCUGCGUAUUACAUACACGCACAGCAUAUUAGUCGCAUGCAACACAUACAUACAUUGUAUCAUUUUCAUCCCGCAAUCGAGUCAUGGCCUCAACAUCAUCCCUCAACAAUAUAGACAGACUUCAAGCGUGUAGCUGCCGGCGUACAUACAAGCUACCCACGAACUCCCCCCACAUAGACAUUUCAUAACCUUUUCUUUUCACCCUCUCCUUGUUUUUGAGUUUUGUACUUUGUGUUUUUGAUAAAUGGCUGGGAUUGAUAUACUGUUCUUUGAUGGGCGUGGGG